UUUGGAUGUUUAUCAAACAAGAUGGAAUGGUUCAGAGUUAAUGAAAGUUAAACACGCAAGUGUCAGCGGAGAAGCCUUUGUGGAUGUGGAAUGGGAAAGGAGUAAUUAUGCAUCCUCUAUUGGCGGGGGACUUUUUUUCCAUUUUGUAACAGACGGUCAUGAUCAUAACAGAGGAUUUGAAAUUAGUUUUACGCGGAAUCCUAAAGAUGAUUUGUAUGUUUAUCCUACUCCAUGUCCAGAACCUUUUUAUUAUGCAUCCAAUUCUACUCAAUAUCUUCCUUCAACUGCUGUUAAUAACAGACAAACAUGCAUCUUCUCUAUAAAUUCUACACAAGCAGUAAAGCUUAUAAUCAAAGGAUUCGACAGUUCAAAAAAUAAAAUUGAGGUUUUCGAAACUGAAAGUUUUCCCAAACCUUAUGUGGAACGUCAAGGAGGACAAUUAGCAAAAAUUGAAAGGCAUUCUUUCAAUUCAUUUCCUUUAAUUGUAACAAGUAGAACGAAUUCUAUGAGUAUAUUAAUUACUUCUUUUGCAUACGAACUUUUAGAUUCUAAUAUAAUUGAAUUUAUUGCUGUUAAAAGCGUUUGUGAAUGCUUCCCAAAUAAUUUAAUAGUUAGUCGUGUUCAACCACUAAAUUUACUCUCACCAGGCUUCCCAUUAGAAUAUUGUGAUAAUCUUAAUUGUUCUACACAAAUUUCUUUAGAAAAUCCUCUAAAUACAAACGAUGUAGAAUGUUUACAAAUCCAAUUUAAUUCUUUCCGAACUGAACUAGAUAUGGACCUUUUACAUUUACUGCAGAUACCUUUUGGGGAUGAAAAGAGAGAGCUUAUAUCGUAAGUUUUAUGAGAAUAUCGGAGUACACCAGGGGUAGGUCG